AUGGUCCUCGAUGUUCGGCUCAUUAGUUUCAUCGUCAGAGUCGUUGUCGUCGGACGUAUGAAGAUAACUGGUCUUUUUGUGACUCUGAUAUGGAAUAAACGAGAGUCUCUACAUGUUCAUCCUAUAACCUUUAUUAAAUUCUUCCUGAAUAUGAUUAGAUCGUUCAUCCCAGCAAUUGAAUUGGACCACACAGAAGCUGCGUUGCUUUGGCCAAUCACUUUCAACUUCAAAAGUCCAUUCUCUAACCUUGUACGUGAGGUUUAG